AUGCUCUUCUUCUUCGGCGGUCCUAACAGCCCGCGACGCCGCAACCGCGAGAAAGCGAUCUUCCUCACCAUCUUCAUCAUCUUCGCCCUGUAUCUGCUCUUCUUCUCAAACACAUCCACACACAAACAUGUCGACCCGACGAUAUACGACCCCGCCGGGAAAGGGGGACCGAAUCGAGAUCCGCAGUCUGGACAGGCGACGCCCGCGCGGGAGACGACGCCCAUCCGCAAAAGCAUGGUCGUGGCCAGUAUGAAGGGGGACGAUGUCUCGUGGUUGCAUAAAUUCUUUCCAGACUGGCACAAGAGUAUCUACGUGGUGGACGACAAGAAGGCGGAGUUAACGGUGGCGCAGAAUAAAGGAAGGGAGUCGAUGGUUUAUUUGACCUACAUAAUCGACAACUACGAUAACCUCCCCGACUCCGUCCUCUUUAUCCACUCCCAGCGAUAUCAAUGGCACAACGACGACCCGUACUACGAUGGCGUCCCGAUGCUCCGCAACUUCCAGCUCCCGUACCUCGAGAAACAAGGCUACGUGAACAUCCGCUGCGUCUGGCUUCUCGGUUGCCCAGGCGAAGUCCACCCUCUCACCGAUGUGCAUCACGAAAACAUCCACGUGGGCGAAUACUUCAAGUACGGUUUCAUGGAGCUGUUCCCGGGCACCGAGCUUCCGGAGACCGUGGGUGUUUCAUGUUGUGCGCAGUUCGGGGUCACGAGGUGGAAAAUCCGCGAGAGGCCGAAGAGCGACUAUUUGCGGUAUCGAAAAUGGCUCUCCGAGACGGACCUGACGGAUGAUUUGAGCGGGCGGAUUAUGGAGUAUUCGUGGCAUAUGAUUUUUGGCAAGGAUCCCGUCCAUUGCCCUUCGGCGGAGGAGUGCUACUGCAAGGUCUUUGGACUGUGCGAUCUGACAUGUCCCAGUGAGGGCGCAUGUAAUGACCGUUAUGUGCUUCCUCCAUACUCGACUCUUCCGGAUGGUUGGCCGUUCAUUGGCUGGCACGGUCAGAAGCAGGACCCCAGCAAGGGAGGGCUUCCGGAGUCAUGA